AUGAAGCCAAAUGCUUAUGGAGAGAUUACCAGUUACCAGUUGCUUGAUUUUGUCGUGGGACUGUCCGCAUUAACCCGAGGCUCAACUUUGGAGAAGCUUCAAUGGACAUUUAACCUUUACGACAUUAACGGAGAUGGCUGUAUCAGUCGAGAAGAAAUGUGUGAAAUUAUUAUGGCUGUUUAUAGCUUAAUGGGAAGGUUUGCAGAACCCUCUGUCGACGAAGCUUCCGCCAGAGAGCACUCAGAGAGAGUGUUUCAGCGACUAGAUAAAAAUAAAGAUGGCGUCGUCACCUUUGAUGAGUUUGUGGACACCUGUGUAAAGGACGAGAAUAUGAUGAAAUCUCUAACAUUACUGGAUACCAUUCUGUGACUAAUGACAGUUGUACCACCUGCAGCCAAGAGCUUCCAAUCUUUCCGGAAGAAGAAAAGAAAUACUUCCAGGAAAUCUGUGGUCAGACUUAAGAAGAAAUGUGCCAAGUCGAUGUUAAAAAUCGUCUACUUCCAAUUGCUUUCCUUUCCAGCGAUGAGACGUAUAAAAUAGAAAAUAUCCAUUGUAAAGUGUGCCAGAAGGUAGCACAGUUACAUAUCAGUUUGGUGAAAAACUAUUUUAAUGAAGUGUGCGUGUUUCAAUUUGUUUGUUCAUAAAACCUUUAACAAUGUUUUCUUUUUUAAAAAUUGUUCUCAAGGCUAUUCCUGAACCAACUGUUAACUGACUUUCUAAUAUUAUCAAUAUAAAGGUAUUCCAGUUAACGCUUCUAUAUUGAAACGUACUGUUCGAGGCGGCGAUAAUCAUCAUUUGAAUCAAGGAUAAUUAUUGAACAGCCGACAUGAGCGUAAAUUUCCAUUCAAUUCUUAAGCUGUGUUUCUGUUUUAGAGCUUAAGUCAUUACUAAUGUUUUAUGUUAAAAUAUUAGAAAUAGUGAACAAUUAAAAUGAGAAUUUUUAGAUCACUGGUCACGUUUUGUCUUACAUAAUGCUAUAAUAAAAAGAGAACUUUGUAGCCCCA